UUGUGCGGGGCCGGGCCCCUCGCGGCCGCCGUCGGGGCCGGGCCGGGCCGGGCCGGGCAGGAGCGGCCAUGGGGAACCUGUUCGGGCGGAAACGGCGGAGCCGCGUCACGGAGCAGGACCGGGCCGUGCUGCAACUGAAGCAGCAGCGGGACAAGCUGCGGCAGUACCAGAAGCGGCUGAGCCUGGGGCUGGAGCGGGAGCGGGCGCUGGCCCGGCAGCUGCUCCGCGACGGCAAGAAAGAGAAAGCCAUGCUCCUGCUGAAGAAGAAGCGGUAUCAGGAGCAGCUGCUGGAUAAAACAGAGAGCCAGAUCAGCAACCUGGAGCGGAUGGUCCAGGACAUUGAAUUCACCCAGAUUGAAAUGAAGGUCAUCGAGGGCCUGAAAAUAGGCAACGAGUGUCUGAACAAAAUGCACCAGGUGAUGUCCAUAGAAGAAGUGGAGAGGAUAAUAGGAGAGACCCAGGACGCUGUGGAGUACCAGAGGGAUCCCCAGAGAGCUCCUUAG